AGGCCGCUGGAUGACCCUUGUUACCUUUUCUUCCUGCCCCCCUCCAGGUGAUUUCUGAUGUGACGGCUGAGACAUGAGAUCUUCAGCCUCCAGGCUCUCCAGUUUUUCCUCGAGAGAUUCACUAUGGAAUCGGAUGCCGGACCAGAUCUCCGUGUCCGAGUUCAUCGCCGAGACCACCGAGGAUUACAACUCGCCCACCACGUCCAGCUUCACCACGCGGCUGCACAACUGCAGGAACACCGUCACGCUGCUGGAGGAGGCUCUAGACCAAGAUAGAACAGCCUUGCAGAAAGUGAAGAAAUCUGUGAAAGCAAUAUAUAAUUCUGGUCAAGACCAUGUACAAAAUGAAGAAAACUAUGCACAAGUUCUUGAUAAGUUUGGGAGUAAUUUUUUAAGUCGAGACAACCCCGAUCUUGGCACCGCUUUUGUCAAGUUUUCUACUCUUACAAAGGAACUGUCCACACUGCUGAAAAAUCUGCUCCAGGGUCUGAGCCACAAUGUGAUCUUCACCUUGGAUUCCUUGUUAAAAGGAGACCUAAAGGGAGUCAAAGGAGAUCUCAAGAAGCCAUUUGACAAAGCCUGGAAAGAUUAUGAGACAAAGUUUACAAAAAUUGAAAAGGAAAAAAGAGAGCAUGCAAAACAGCACGGGAUGAUCCGCACCGAGAUAACAGGAGCCGAGAUUGCCGAAGAAAUGGAGAAGGAAAGGCGCCUGUUUCAGCUCCAAAUGUGUGAGUAUCUCAUUAAAGUCAAUGAAAUCAAGACCAAAAAGGGUGUGGAUCUGCUGCAGAACCUUAUAAAGUAUUAUCACGCACAGUGCAAUUUCUUCCAAGAUGGCUUGAAAACAGCUGAUAAAUUGAAACAGUACAUUGAAAAACUGGCUGCUGAUUUAUAUAAUAUAAAACAGACCCAGGAUGAAGAAAAGAAACAGCUCACUGCACUUCGAGAUUUAAUAAAAUCCUCUCUUCAGCUUGAUCAGAAAGAAGUAGGUGGUUUAUAUGUUCCCAGCAGGGCUAACAGUUCUAGGAGAGAUUCCCAGAGCCGGCAAGGAGGGUACAGCAUGCAUCAGCUCCAGGGCAACAAGGAGUACGGCAGUGAGAAGAAGGGCUACCUGCUCAAGAAGAGCGACGGGAUCCGGAAAGUGUGGCAAAGGAGGAAGUGCACCGUCAAGAAUGGAAUUCUGACCAUCUCACACGCAACUUCCAAUAGGCAGCCAGCCAAGUUGAACCUUCUUACCUGCCAGGUGAAACCGAACGCCGAGGACAAGAAGUCUUUUGACCUGAUUUCACAUAAUAGGACGUAUCAUUUUCAGGCAGAAGAUGAGCAGGAUUAUGUGGCGUGGAUAUCGGUGCUGACCAACAGCAAAGAGGAGGCCCUGACCAUGGCCUUCCGGGGCGAGCAGAGCACGGGGGAGAACAGCUUGGAAGAUCUGACGAAAGCCAUCAUUGAAGAGGUCCAGCGGCUCCCCGGGAAUGACGUGUGCUGUGACUGUGGCUCGUCAGAACCCACCUGGCUUUCAACCAACUUGGGUAUUUUGACCUGUAUAGAAUGUUCUGGCAUCCAUAGGGAAAUGGGGGUUCAUAUUUCUCGCAUUCAAUCUUUGGAAUUAGACAAAUUAGGAACUUCUGAACUCUUGCUGGCCAAGAAUGUAGGAAACAAUAGUUUUAAUGAUAUUAUGGAAGCAAAUUUACCCAGCCCCUCACCAAAACCUACCCCUUCAAGUGAUAUGACUGUACGGAAAGAGUACAUCACUGCGAAGUACGUCGACCACAGGUUCUCUAGGAAGACCUGCUCCUCCUCGUCAGCUAAGCUGAGUGAGUUGCUGGAGGCCAUCAAAUCCAGGGAUCUACUUGCACUCAUUCAAGUCUAUGCAGAGGGGGUGGAGCUCAUGGAACCACUGCUGGAACCUGGACAGGAGCUCGGGGAGACCGCCCUUCAUCUUGCCGUCCGAACUGCAGACCAGACAUCUCUCCAUUUAGUUGACUUCCUUGUACAAAACUGUGGGAACCUGGAUAAGCAGACGUCCCUGGGAAAUACGGUUCUGCACUAUUGCAGCAUGUACGGCAAGCCCGAGUGCCUGAAGCUGCUGCUGAGGAGCAAGCCCACUGUGGACAUCGUUAACCAAGCUGGAGAAACUGCCUUGGACAUAGCAAAGAGACUCAAAGCUUCCCAGUGCGAAGAUCUGCUUUCCCAGGCUAAAUCUGGAAAGUUCAACCCCCACGUCCACGUAGAGUACGAAUGGAACCUUCGACAGGAGGAGAUCGAUGAAAGCGAUGAUGAUCUGGAUGACAAACCGAGCCCCAUCAAGAAAGAGCGCUCGCCCAGACCCCAGAGCUUCUGCCACUCCUCCAGCAUCUCCCCACAGGACAAGCUGUCACUGCCAGGUUUCAGCACCCCGCGGGACAAGCAGCGGCUCUCCUACGGGGCCUUCACCAACCAGAUUUUUGCCUCCACGAGCACAGACUCGCCCACGUCUCCAACUGCAGAGGCUCCACCUCUGCCUCCUAGGAAUGCCGGGAAAGGUCCAACUGGCCCACCUUCAACACUCCCUCUAAGCACCCAGACCUCUAGUGGCAGCUCCACCCUUUCCAAGAAGAGGCCUCCUCCCCCACCACCCGGACACAAGAGAACCCUGUCCGACCCUCCCAGCCCACUACCUCACGGGCCCCCAAACAAAGGCGCAAUUCCUUGGGGUAACGAUGUGGGUCCGUCAUCUUCGAGUAAGACCGCGAACAAGUUUGAGGGGCUGUCUCAGCAAUCCAGCACCAGUUCUGCAAAGACUGCCCUUGGCCCAAGAGUUCUUCCUAAACUACCUCAGAAAGUGGCACUAAGGAAAACAGAAACGAGCCAUCAUCUCUCCCUAGACAAAGCCAACAUCCCGCCUGAGAUUUUUCAGAAAUCUUCACAGUUGGCAGAAUUGCCACAAAAACCACCACCUGGAGACCUGCCCCCAAAGCCCACGGAACUGGCCCCCAAGCCACAAAUUGGAGAUUUGCCACCUAAGCCUGGAGAACUGCCCCCCAAGCCCCAGCUGGGCGACCUGCCCCCCAAGCCCCAGCUCUCAGACUUACCUCCCAAACCGCACAUGAAGGACCUGCCCCCCAAGCCCCAGCUGGGCGACCUGCUGGCAAAGUCUCAGACGAGUGACGUCUCGCCCAAGUCUCAGCAGCCCUCCGAGGUCACACAGAAGUCACACCCCGGGGAUCUCUCCCCAAACAUGCAGUCCAGAGACGCUGUCCCGAAGCAGGCAUCUGAGGACUCCGGUGACCUCACGCCCACUCUGCCCGAGACGCCUGUACCCCUGCCCAGGAAGAUCAACACGGGGAAGAAUAAAGUGAGACGCGUGAAGACCAUUUACGACUGCCAGGCAGACAACGACGACGAGCUCACCUUCAUCGAGGGAGAAGUAAUUAUUGUCACAGGGGAAGAGGAUCAGGAGUGGUGGAUUGGGCACAUCGAAGGACAGCCUGAAAGGAAGGGGGUCUUUCCAGUGUCCUUUGUUCACAUCCUGUCCGACUAGCAGAAAGCAGAACCUUAUGGUUGUCUCCAUCCUCCAUGCCAGACUUCUGCUUCCAUGCCACCCUGUGCACAGUGUGUGUAUAGCUGCUGUUACAGAAUAGGAAACUCCUCGAGGGCCGCCUCGGGAGGGGAACAGAGUAUGUAUUGUAAAUAUCCUGUGGUCUUCUGCCUUUGCCAGUAUGAGGGUAGCCUCGGGGCCCGGUGCGCCUUGCUGGUUUGCCAAAGCCGUCCUUGGCACCUAGCACUUACAUCUCUCUCUAUCUGUGCUGUUUUACAAGCAAGCAAAAAUUUAAAAAUAAAAAUAAAAAAUAAACCAACUACAACAAAAAACCAGGAGUGUAGGAAUUUCUGGCUUUGAAAGUAGAGUGAUUUCUGUUCAGCAGCCAUUGAAGGGCCUAGAGUCGACUCUGCUCCUUCCAGUGCAGUAUUCUCAAUCUUGUUACUGAAAAUGCAGCAUUAGCAAAGAGGUGGGUUCUGUUCUCCAGGUGAAACUUCUAGUUAGCUCCAUGACAGACCAGCCUGUAGUUAUCUGUGUACACAGUUUACAGCUACAAAAACCUACUUUGGUAUUUAUUACAGACAAGUGCUCAGUUAAAUAUGUUACUCCUUCAGCAAAUGUUCACUGACCCAAAACUCUUCGUGGCAUUUUACAAUGCACACAGCCUCAUGCAAGUUGAGACAAGUGGAUUUAUACUGUCUUAUGAUGAUGAGUGCCCACCCUUGAGAUAUUACCUCAUUAUGCAAAAAUAACAUAUCCUUCAUGCCUAUUUUGACAAAGUUUAAAAUAUGUCUGAUGAAGUUUAACUUUCAGGAACCAAGGACUGCCAGAAAAUAUUAGCCUCUACAUUAUGCAUGCAUCUAGAAGCUUAUACCUGAAAUCUUGCCUUUUAUAAAGGAAUAAAUAGUAUGAAUAAGUUGAACUGUACAUUUUUUAAACUUGAUUGCCAUUAAAGCAGAAAUUAUAAGGUUGCAACUAUAUCUGUUUGUAGUCAGUCAUUCAACUCUCUCAAAGAGUAUGAAUUUACAUAAUGUAUUAUGAAUCAGCAUCCCUCAAUUGUGUUGAAGCAUCUAAAGUGUUGGUUUUAAAUUAUUUUCUUAGUUUUGUUCUUGGAUAAAUUUACUUUUAAAAGACUAUUCAAAAUGGAGAAUUUAAAAGUCAGCCCUUCACACAGUGUUUCCAGAGUAGGAUCCAGGUGCUGAAACCAAGCUCUUCUGCUCUUCUUCAUACAUUAGUGUUCCCAUCUGAAGCGCCAGCCACUAGACAGUUCCCUUUCAAGUCAAUUCAUAAUCAAGUUUUGGAAGCUGCUAUGAAUUGCACUGUGAAAAAGCUCUCCCUGCAAGGAGUCUUGUCUGUUUCUCUGUCACUUGUGCUCUUUCUCUCUCUCUCUCGUUUUGUUUUCAUCCCAGCCAUGCUUAUCAGACCAUUAAGAACAUUGUGUUUUGAUCUUUGGCAUCAGUCUGAAUUUUGGACAAGAAUACAGCAGUCAUGUUCCACAACCAGUGGGACUGUCCUUGAUUCUAAGGCUCGUGUCGUCCUGAUGUUCCAUUUGCUUAAACUGCUAUUUUGGCAACAGCACAGAAGACUUAAUAUUUUUAAGCAGAUAAUCUUAGCCGUGAAUGAGAAAUGUUAAUUUCACAGAAGCACAAUUCCCAACCAAAUCCAUAGGAAAAACCCUCUUUCAUAGUCACAGUGCUCAGUAAAUAUUUAGUUCUGCUUAAGUGGUUACUAUGAAAACUUUGAGUAGCCACCUGAAGAAUAAACCUUGCAUGGCAUACCUGAGAAAUAUUUUAUCAGCUACUAUUGGAAACUGAUUUUAAGCAAUUGCUUCCUCAGCAUCAGGGCACACGUGCAUUCCCGCACCUAACCCAGAAUGUGAGGGAGGCACCAGGCCACGUGCUGAUGUGUGACUGGCCGUGCCAGCAGCCUCAGCAUUUAAGCCACACUGGUAUCAGGACAGGAAGUCAGCAUCUGAGGCUGCCCUGGGUCCCAGCUCAUUCAUUCACAAUUUGAAGUUGCAGUAAAGAGCCGUUCUUCAUUGUGGCCAGACUAUUUGCAACUCAUCUGAAAAUAAACUAGUUAUUUUAAAUACACACACAAGCUCCGUCUCCAGAGUUAUGUGGAGGCGAUGUCUAUUCUGUUUCCCCUAUUGUAGAAACUCUCACAGAUGCAUUUUUCAGACCUUUUUUUUUUUUUUUCCCUCCUCCUCCUCUCUGGUUUUGUUUUGUUUUCCAUGAGGAAUUUUGAGUUCUCUCUCAUCCAGCUUACUGGGGGACAUAGGAAAACUAGAUAGAAAAACCAUUGGCAAUCUUGUUGAGUUUAAAUCUGAUCUCAUUCUUAAACUCAGUGAAGAGCCAUGAUCUGCCAUUUUGUACAUGAUAUAGUAUUUUGAAGGAAUGGGACCAUCCCAAAAAAAAAAAAAAAAAUAGCAAAUUAGUUCUUUUUUUCCCCAGAGGAGAAAGUAAUGUUCUGCAAGUAGUGUGUGUCUAUUUGACUGUUGAACAGCAAUUGCUAUUUAUUUUUGUAUUGCCUAGAUCUUCAACGUGUUGUAUAGGAAUCCCAUAGUGCCACUAGUUAAUUUCCAAAUCCUCAUCUGGAUGUUACCAUCAAACAUCAGUACACUUUUCGUUUCACAUGUAUUUAAUGUGACCGUUUUUCAGUACUGUAUGUGUUAAUUUCUACUUUUUUUAAUAUUUAAAAUUGCUUUUAAAUAAACAUUCUCAGUUGACCCCAAA